CGACGAGAAAUUUUUUUGCGAUUUUUUGCACUGUGAAAGUUAAAUUAAUUGUUAUCUUUGCAAAAAUUAAACAAUAGGAAUAAAAUUAAAUUGAUAGCGUAGCGUAGUUUACAACGGAGGCCAACAAAAUGUCUAUCAAAGGGCAGGACACCGUCGACAGCUGGGAAGAAAUCGACGAAGAUCGACUGGCUUCUCGGUUGAACAAAUUAUCAAGUGAAGAUUCCGUGCAGGCAGGUGCUACAUCAAGAAAUGUUGGUGCUGGUGGCUGCGCAAAACCAGGAUCGUCCACAAACAGCUUAUCUGGAAUACUAGAUGAAGAACUUCGCCCGCGAAUGAUUUUGCAAAGACCCCAGAUGCAAAUAUUAAAGCGGCCACAAUCCAAUGUGCAGGAGGAAAAUGCAACCAGUGACUCUAAGCCUAAAGCUCAGAUUAAAUCGCUGGAUCAAAGAAAACAGGAGUACGCAAAAGCACGUUUGCGAAUUCUUGGUUCAGCUCACGAUGAAGAAGAGCAGCAACAAAAGCAGCUGGUAGAAGUACCUAAAAAAAGCACAAAUACGAAUGGCUAUCGAAUAAAUAACAACAUCUCUUGUAAUAACAUCGGUGGACCUACGAGAUCCGAUCGACCGCCAAACCCGUUCCGACCUGCAUCAGGAAACUUCCAUAUGCCACUGCAUGCCGGGCCAUACUAUCCGACUUCUUCUGCUAAUCGGUGCCAUCCUCCUGAGCCACCUAGUAAUCAUCACUAUUACCAGCAUCAAGGGCCACCUCCACAGCCUGGUGGAUAUGGUUUUCCACACCAUCACCAGCAACUACAACAGCAAGCUCAUCAGCACCAGAAGCAAUUGAUGCCAUUUGUUAGCAUGUCCCCUCAAUCCUCUACUGCGGCAAAUAGCUAUCAUCAACAUAUACCUGGAUACAAUGCGCUUGGGGGAGUCAGUAGCAAUAACAAUGUUUUGAGAAUGCCAGCUGGGCCUGACGGUUCUCAUGGGUUUACUAUGCGACGGUAGCUAGGUUACUAGAAUGGGAUGAUUAUAAAUAAAAUAUACCUUUACUGCGGACUUUGCUUCAAGUCAUCUUUUAUUAUUGUUUAUUAAAUUUUGUUGUAUAAAAAUAUCUUGCGUAACUAUUCGUGCAAACAAAACGUAUUCGGGUGCGGGUAAUUCGUAAUAAACCUCCGAAAAAAGCGUCAGCAUACAUAUUCAUUUUUAGAUUUUUACACCAUGUCAUCCUGCGUACAAUACUUUAAAAUGGUUGAAUUCGUUUCAUUGAACAUUUGUGAAGAAAAUUUAUUUUAUGAUAUUUCUAAACUAUUUGAUUAAGAUGCAAGUAAACACAACAUU